AUGGGCAAUGACGGCGAGCAGCUGAUGGCGAGUGAGAACGCCGAGUAUGCAUUGCUCCGCUUCGACGAGCUGGACGAGAUCAUGUGCGGCAACUCGGACGCAGAGCAGCACGUCAUCACGAACUACCUCAAGGGCGGAAUGGACCUGCACAACAUUCUCGCGCAGCAUGAGGCGGAGCUGUCGGCACUGCGCGAAGACCUCAUUGAAGCCCACGUCAACGAGGCGGAAAGUAUCUGCGCCCUCUACACUGAGUUCGUCGAGUGUGAGGAAAAGUUGGUUCAGUUUGAAGAAGAGAUUAUCACCUUUCAGCGGCGACUAGCCGACUCCGCGGACGAUAUGGUGAAGAUGCAGCAGCAGACGGUUGGCCUCGUGCGCAGCAUUGGUAAUCGCCGCCAUGGAAGCGCGAAGCUGAGCGAGGUGUACACCGUGCUGCAGGAAUGUGAUGCCUUCUGCGACGCCAUCGCUCACAAGGAGGUGGACAAGGAGUACCUCGAAAAUAUCGCGGUGCUGGAGAAGAAGCUCUUGUUCCUCUCCGCCAACAAGGAGCUCGCGGGGUCGGCAGUGGACUUGGAGACGCGUCCACAGCUACAGGCAGCGGCCGUGCAAGCUGGUGAGAAGCUGCAACGGUUCCUUAGCAAGCGUAUAGCUGCACUGGCAGCAGCGGAAAGUCUCGCCAGUAUUCAGCAGCAGCAACGCCCGCUGGAGGUUGUGGGACAAAACGUCAUUAGCUUCCUGAAGAACUACAAUCGCCCAAUCGCUGAGGCUAUUUUUCGUGAAUAUGUAAAGCGAAUGUCAGAAGUACUUAGUCGGCACACUCGUGUGAUGUUGCGUGGCUUCAGUGAGGCAUGUACUGCGCACGCCUGCAGCGUCGACACUGUUAUUGCCGCAGAGGACGUGCAUGAUCUGUUGUGCAACAGGGACGCUGGCUCGCCAAAGGGAAACCACGUUACGACGGUGGUGCCGCCUCUGAAAUUUCCAGUGCAGCCAUUCCCGCGGCGUGAGCGGAGCGUUUCACAGCAUAUGCGGAACUUUGCGGACCGUGUGUUGAAGCCCGAUCGGUGUGCCGCACUGCUGGAGACGUCAAUAAGUGAUACUAUAGAGGCGUUGGACUCCUUGACUGUCCAGAACGAAGUGUUAAUCCUAGACGCGGGAAAGGCACAACGACUAGAUAAAGUUAACAGCUGGGUGUGGCACUUCGUGCGCUGCAUGCAACUCCUCGUUAGCCUCUGCGUAUCAGAGUGCCGCUUUGUUGGCCGCUUCUUCUGCUCCAUGUCGAGUGAAGAUGAGGACUUUGACGAAGCAGAGGCGCUCGCACGUGUUGUGCUUCAGAGAACGCUUGACGCUGCACGACACAGCUUUGCUGAGGACCUUAUGCUCGUGGCGGACCGUCAAAGUGUACUUGCCGGUCUGCGUGUUGUCGACAUCGUCAAGGUAUACUUGUGUCACCUGCAUAAUCCAGUUCCGCUCCUUCUCUUCAGUAACAUUAUGGAGCUGGCCAAGAAGACACUGACAAGUGUCCUGCACAGUGUUCUGGAAAAUGAUCAGAAGGCUGUACAGUUUCUGGCGACGCUGCGUUUAUCGCCCUUUCACCUUGCCCCUGGCGGUUCCAAGCUUGGCACGACCAAGCUGCUGGAAGACAGAGGCUAUGCCGCAACGCUGGGACCACAUCCUAUUGUGCAGAGAUUCAGCCAUAUCGCAGGGGAGGUGGAGAUGUUGAACACCGCUUUAUUCGGCGGGUCUAUGGUGAACGGGCUGGAUGUGGUGGCGUAUGACCCCGCGGUCUCGAACGUCUUGUUUCGAGAGUUGGAGAUAGUAGCAGAAUUCAUUCUUACGCUUGCGAAGCGCCACAAGAACCCGUUGGCGCAGCGCAUCUUUGCUGUGAAUAAUCUAUUCUAUAUAUUAGCAACGUGGCGGCGGCUGGCGGCGGGUCUUCCGCCCAUUUCGGAGAACGAGCAGCCGCAAUACGCAGCGCCACCGUCACACAUCGCCUGUGUGGAAAGCCACCUCUCCAACGAACUCGCACGAUUCGUAGAUGAGGAUGCCAAGGCGAAUGGCAACUUUGGAUAUCUGUUCGACUUCAUCCAAGCCGCGGAAGCCGCAUUGGGGAGCACUUUUUUCUCGGAGAGUGAAUCCGCGGAUCCGCCAGUUGCGUCGCUUCCCCCCGCACUGAAUGAGGAAGCGACGAUGCGGGCCGUGUCGGACUUUGCCCAGAGCUGGCAGGUGCAGCUCUCAGAGACCUCAAACCUUGUUAAGCGCGUCGUUGGCGCAACGAUGGCCGCUGCGGCACACGACGAGGUGGCGGUGGCGUGUGCAACGGCGUUGGAGAAGCGCAUCCUCAAGGAGUACACACAGGGCGUUGUAGAGGCCAACGCGAAGAUGCACACAGUGGUAACGCGGCUGUUUGGGACAAAUGGUGACAUGCACGCGAAACUGACGAGCAACACAACGGUUCUCCAUGCGGUGAGGAAAGUGCUACAGUCUUGA